CAGACAACCAUGAAGAGAGAGAAAACAAGAAUCCAAUUCCCACGAUAAAUGACUUCUUAUGCUGGUGGUGAAGAAGUCGCCGGAAAGAUGAAACAACUCUGCCGGAGAGUAGUUCGUGUUAACAUCCGGUGGAAAGUCAUCGAAAGAUUCUCUAUUUUCCGGCAAUUCUUCAGAUUUAUUUGGGACAGAAUUCUUGUUUGUUCCACCGCCGGGGGAAGACAGGGUCAUAAAUAUCGACGUCUUUCUAGCCGACCCACUUCUUCUCUUUCCGGCGAGAAUCUGGAACCACCGGAUAACUGGUCGCCGAUGACGACGACGACGGCCGGCGGCGGUGGUAGUAGUGGGUACGACUCGGAUUCUGAUUUGGUCUCCUUGAAAAUUAGUGUUUUGGGUGAUUGUCAAAUUGGAAAGACAAGCUUUGUGAUCAAAUAUGUGGGUGAUGAUCCAAACAAGAUCAUAGGGUUGGAUAUGAAAGGGUUAAAUUUGAUGGACAAAACAUUAUUUGUCCAAGGAGCAAGAAUUGCAUUCAGAAUAUGGGAUGUUGGAGGUGACAGCAUGUCAUGGGAUCAGGUGCCUAUGGCUUGCAAGGAUGCAGUGGCAAUCUUGUUUAUGUUUGAUCUUACAAGUCGGUGUACUCUUAAUAGUGUUAUUGGUUGGUAUACCCAAGCAAGAAAAUGGAAUCAGGCAGCAAUUCCAAUAUUAAUUGGGACUAAGUUUGAUGAUUUCGUCCAACUUCCACCGGAUUUGCAAACGACAAUAAUUAUACAGGCAAGGGCAUAUGCAAGAAUGAUGAACGCGAGUCUUUUCUUUUCGAGUUCAACACAUAAUAUCAACGUGAGCAAGAUCUUCAAAUUCAUAACUGCCAAGCUUUUUAACCUUUCUUGGACUAUUGAUAGGAACUUGAAUCCAGGAGAACCUAUCAUUGAUCAUUGCUAGAUUAUCAUGUACAGAUCAGCUAGAAUAUCAUAGAUAAUGAUCGAUGAUUCAGUUUUUAUUUUAUUACAAUAAAAAAGAGGAAAAUAUGUUAAA